CCUCUAGGACUGGAGGGCAGCAGCACAACUCACAACACCAGUGGGCAAAAGUCCCUCCCCCACGAACCGGGGCUGAGGAAAGUGUGAGAGAGCCCCCAGUAAGUCUUUAGUUAACUGUGAUUCCACCAUGAAAACACCAAGCGGCACCGCCCUCGGACAAGCGGAGAGAACAAUGCACCCAACCCCGCCCACAGUGACGAGCCGCGCCCAGGCGGUGGCCGCGGCCUGCCGGGAAAUGUAGUUUCUGAGGUCUGGCUAGCGCAGCCGCCCGCCGCUCCGGAGCCGCGCGCAACUACAAAUCCCGUCACGCCCCGCGACGCUCGCUUGCCAGUUUUUGCCGGAAGGGAUCUCGGCUGACAUGGCGGAGGACCCGCUGGGCGGCGGUGCGGGUUGUCCGCAGCACCCAGUCCCUAGUGCGAGUCACGGCAGCUUCCCAGAGUACGAGCUUCCGGAGCUGCACACCCGCGCGUUCCACGUGGGCGCCUUUGGGGAGUUGUGGCGCGGCCGGCUCGGGCUCCGCGAUUUGUCGCUGAGCGAGCCGCGGGCAGCCGAGCAGCCGGCGGACGGAGGGGCGUCCGACAACGGCUUGGACGAUGCUGCUGUGGCCGGGGAUCUGGGCUGCAGUCUGGAGGCAGCGGCAGAGCUGAGGGUCGUGUGCGGCCUUGAUAAACUGAGAUGCCUUGACGAAGGUGAAGACCCAGAAGUCAUCCCAGAGAACACUGACCUAGUGACUUUAUGUGUUAGGAAGGGGCUCUUGGACUAUCGGGAAGAAAACAUCACGAUAGACCGCGCCUGUAGACAAGAAACAUUUGUCUAUGAAAUGGAAUCUCAUGCACUUGGGAAAAAGCCUGAAAAUCCAGAAGACAUGAUUGGAGAAGGGGAGCUUAUCCUGUCUGUGAACAUCUUGUACCCUGUUAUAUUUAAUAAGCACAGAGAACAUAAACCGUACCAGACAAUGUUGGUAUUGGGCAGUCAGAAGCUCACAGAACUGAGGGACUCAAUUUGCUGUGUCAGCGAUCUCCAGAUUGGUGGAGAAUUCAGCAGUACUCCAGACCAAGCGCCUGAGCACAUCAGUAAAGACCUGUACAAGUCAGCUUUUUUUUAUUUUGAGGGAACCUUUUACAAUGACAAAAGAUACCCGGAAUGCAGAGACUUAAGCAGAACUAUUAUAGAAUGGUCAGAGUCCCAUGAUCGAGGAUAUGGAAAAUUUCAGACUGCUAGGAUGGAAGAUUUCACAUUUAAUGACUUGAACAUUAAACUUGGCUUUCCUUACUUAUACUGUCACCAGGGAGAUUGUGAACAUGUGGUUGUUAUUACAGACAUAAGGCUUGUACAUCAUGAUGACUGCUUGGAUAGAACACUUUAUCCCCUUCUUACCAAGAAGCAUUGGCUAUGGACCAGAAAAUGUUUUGUUUGCAAGAUGUAUACAGCUAGAUGGGUGACGAACAACGACACCUUUGCACCAGAGGAUCCAUGUUUCUUUUGUGAUGUUUGCUUCAGAAUGCUCCAUUAUGAUUCCGAAGGCAACAAGCUGGGGGAAUUCCUUGCUUAUCCUUAUGUUGAUCCAGGAACCUUUAAUUAGUACCACCAAAAAAGAAAAGAAAAAAAUCUUUCUCCCUACUAAAGUUUAGUUUAACAUAUUUUGUACUUAUUACACAGUGUUUUUGUUAUUAUUGUGGCUUUUUAUUUAAGUUGCUUAUGUUAGUUACUGAGAUGCUGAAAUGUUUUUUUGUAUUCUGAAUAUAUAAACCUUGUUGGAAACACAA